AUGAAACUUGAAAAUAACACUCAAGUGACUGAAUUCAUCCUCCUAGGAUUUGUUAACCAGCACAAAUAUCGCUAUGUCCUCUUCACUUUAUUUCUAAUCAUCUAUAUGACUGCCCUGGUGGGUAAUAUUGGAAUGAUCUUACUCAUCAGGACUGAUACCAGACUCCAGACACCUAUGUACUUUUUCCUACAACACUUGGCCUUUGCAGAUCUCUGUUAAACCUCUGCUAUCACUCCCAAAACAGUGCAUAAUUUCUUAGCAGAGAAUAAAGCUAUAUCAUUCGGGGGCUGUACUGCACAGUUAUUUGUUUAUGCAAUGUUUGUAACUGUUGAUUGCUUUGACCUGUCUGCUAUGGCAGUGGACCGCUAUGUAGCCAUCUGUCAUCCACUUCGCUAUUCCACAAUCAUGUCUCAAAGAGUCUGCAUACUAAUGGUAGUUGGUUUGUAUAUAAUCAGUAUAAUAAAUGCUUCUGUGCACACAGGGUUUGCAUUUUCAUUGUCCUUCUGUAGGUCGAAUGUCAUCAAUCACUUUUUCUGUGAUGGCCCCCCAAUUCUUGCCCUUUCAUGCUCCAGUAUUGAACUCAAUAUUCUGCUACUGUUUGUGUUUGUGAGCUUUAACUUGUCUUUCACUGUGUUGGUGGUCAUUAUAUCCUACAUCUAUAUCCUGGUUGCCAUCUUGAAGAUUUCUUCGGCAGAAGGGAGGAAAAAAGCCUUCUCCACCUGUGGCUCCCACCUGACCACUGUCAUCAUGUUCUAUGUAACUCUUUUUUAUAUGUACUUUCAGCCUCGCUCUGAUGCUUAUCACGAGAAUAUGAAAGUGGCCUCUGUAUUUUAUGGCGUUGUGAUACCCAUGCUGAACCCCCUGAUCUACAGUUUGAGGAAUAAGGAGGUAAAAGAAGCAAUAAAGUUGCUGGGGAAAAAUAUUUUUAAAUGA